AGUGUAUAGAUUUUCUUCAAGGCAGCAACUAUCAGCAUGAGGAUACUUUACAUAAUCUCACUAGUUUGUCUAUUGGUAUUUGGCCAGGCUCAAGUGCUCGAGGAAGCGCUCUGGGAUCUUUCGAGUCAAGUGGAUGAUUACGUCCAUAGUAAUUUCGGAGAUAAUGAAAUUCAAGCAUAUGAACAAUUUAUGGACUUGGUAGAAGGUGGCACCGGACAACUCAAUGGACUCGAAAAGAGAGCAAACUUUGAACCAACUAUCGAAGAAGCUCUCAAGGCGUUUAAUAGCUCGGGAAUAUUGUGGACUCUUUUGGACAGCCUUGCGAAUCAUCCAAACCGAGUAGAUACAGUAGCUAAUUUCACCUACAAUUUUCUCAAGGGAAGAAAAAUCACCAUUAAAGCCGGGUCCCUCAUAAAUCUGCUUGGAAAUGUGAGUUCUAUCAUUGAUGUUCCCGCUAUACUCAACGCCGUGAUCGACUCAGGUAUAGUUCAAUCAUUAUUGGAUGGAAUUUUAUUGGAUAAAAGUUUCCAACCUAAAUUGGUCAAUAUUGAGUACAAUUUAAUCAUGUCUCAGAAAGACACUCUUAAAUACUUAUUUCAAGAGUUGUUACAAAAGCGAGAAGUUGAAGAAGACUGGUAUAUUAAACGAGCCGACAAUGAUGGGACCUUAGUCGAAUUCUUUGAAAAUGCUGCAGCUACAUUAUUUAACUCUCCUUCUGUUGGUGAGUUUGCCAGAGAUACCCUCAAUGCUUUGAAUGACACCGGGUUCUUGGUGUAUACCGUGAAACGAUUUAUUGGGAAUGAAAAAUAUUUGAACAUGACUGGAGCUUUGAUUAGUUCGGUUGUUAGAGCUAAUGUUAUCCAUAUUGAUUUCUCGGGAAUUAAUAUUACCCGAUUGGCCCAGCAGUUCCUUAAAAACCCCACGCAAGUGCUUCUAGUUGUGGAAGAGUUCUUGCAAGGAAAGUACAAUUUAAAUAUCGGAGAUAGUUUACUGAAAUACGCUGAUGCCAUUGGGGCAAAUAUAAAAGCGUUGGAGGAUAAGGGAUUGUUUAGGCAAUUGAAUGAUUAUAUAUUUGAAGGAAAGGACUCAGUUUCAGGAAAGGAUGCCAAGAGCGAUGAUCAAGAGCUGUCUGAUAGUGCAUCUACUGAAUCUAAAAGUUCUUCUGGAGCAGUGAAGAUUACAAACUUCAAAUUAUGCUUAUCUUUAUCCUUGAUUGUUCCUUGGUUGUUGCUUUAAUACCCUGAUACAGGACUUUUUUAUCUUUCUCCGUAUUUAAUUUACCUUUCGAUCGUAUAAAUUAAUGAAUGUUUUGAUUUUUUUU